AGUGAAUUCAAUGGUCUUCAUUCCACACUAAGCUACCCCACCUCCGUACUCUGAAAUUGUGUUUAUCUUGCAAAGCCAAAGUCUUUGUAAUUUGUAAACAAUGUGUUACAGUACGGCGACAGCCUGUAUAACAACCACAAGCCAUUCCCCAAAGAUAAGGUUAAGACCAAGUUCUUAUCGCUGAGCUUCCAGAUCUAAUCUCUCUCUGUUUCUUUGUAGUUCUCAAAUUUAUUCAUAAAACUUUGUGUUUCCACAACUACCAGGGAAGCCAUCAUUCGGGAAUAAAUCAUGAAUGGGGCUAGUAGCAGUAAAAGAAAAAGAAAAAGGGGAGGUCGGCCCAAAAGUAAUUACUGGAAUGAAGUUGAAAAAAUAGGUGACAUGUGGAAGUGCAACCAUUGUGAAGGGGAGUUCCAUGGAGGUGCUACAAGAAUUAAAGAGCAUAUCAUUGGUGGAGGAAAAAAUAUUAGAAAAUGCCCCCACUAUCCUGCUUCCGGUUCAAUUACACGGAAUCAAUUACAAGAAGAUGUGGAGCAUGAUUCUGCUGCAUUUAAAAGCAAUGACAUGGAAAAGGCAAUUUGUUAUCCAAAGGGGGACCCUGAUGCUAUUUACAUCAGGAAGAGCGAUAUUGAGCUUUUACAGCCUGAGAAAUGCCUUAAUGAUAAUAUCAUUGACUUUUAUAUAAAGUAUUUGAUAAAUAAUAAACUCCCAAGUGAUAAACAGAAGAGGUUUCACUUUUUCAAUUGCUUUUUCUUUCCUAAGCUUGUUGAUUUAAGCACAGAUAAUCGUUCAAUUGCUUGUGAUGGUAAAGCAGCAUUUCAGCGUGUAAGCAAUUGGACAAGAAAAGUGAACCUUUUUGAAAAGGAUUAUAUCUUCAUUCCCAUAAACUAUAGUCUUCAUUGGAGUUUGAUUGUCAUUUGUCACCCUGCUGAAGUCAUGACAUGCUACAGAGAUGAAGAAACUAAGGGAUCUCCCAAAGAAGCUUGCAUCUUGCACAUGGAUUCCCGAAAAGGAAUUCAUCAAGAUCUCCACAAUGUUUUCCAAAGUUAUCUAUGUGAAGAAUGGAAAGAGAGGCACAACAAUGUGAGGGAUGAUGCUUCUUCUAAAUUUUUAGAUCUUCCAUUCGUGCCACUUGAGCUGCCUCAGCAACAAAAUGCAUACGAUUGUGGCAUCUUUUUGCUCCACUAUGUGGAACGUUUUCUGGAAAAAGCUCCAAUCAACUUUAACCGUUCCCUGAUAACCAACUUCAGUUCUUGGUUCCCUCCACUAGAUGCUUCUCUGAAACGAUCUCAUAUACAGAAACUAUUAAUAGUUGAAGGAGGCAACAAAAUGAUUGAUGGUGAUUCAGUUAACUCUCAAAACAAUACAAAAUUGUCAGCUUCAGCAGGAGGUGAUGUAGAAGAUCAUGCUGUGAACGGAGGUAGCAAUGGCGAUGAUGCUUUGACUAUAAAUAAGUUGCUAUCCGAUCUAGCAAGGCAAGAAGACUACUUUGAUAAAAGCUUACAGUGGCGGGAGUUCCAGGGCAAGAAGCGCAAGAGACAAGAUGACAAUUGGUUGGAUAAACUAAAGGACCUGAAAAAAAGAGCCAUUGAUGUGAAAAACUCACUGCAUCAGUCUGGGUCGACUAAUGAAUUCCCCAAGCCUUCUGAAUUGGGUGAUGAGUUUUUUUAUUUAUCGAUAGAGAAGCGUUGGGCGUCGCGAGAUAAAAAAGUGGAGAACAUGUGGGAUCUUCUGGAGGAUGAGGAAGUCUUCAUUAUUGGCAUAGAUGGAAUGGGGGGAGUUGGAAAAACAUUCAUGGCAACUCAUAUCAAGAAUGAGAUUAAAAGAAAGGGGACUUUCAAGGAUGUCUUCUGGGUCACUGUUUCCCAUGAUUUCACCAAUUUCAAAUUGCAACAUGACAUUGCAGAAACAAUACAGGUUAAGCUUUACGGAGAUGAGAUGACUAGAGCAACAAUUUUGACGUCAGAGUUGGAGAAAAGAGAAAAAGCACUGCUUAUUUUGGAUGAUGUUUGGGAAUAUAUUGAUUUGCAAAAGGUGGGGAUUCCUCUUAAAGUGAAUGGCAUUAAAUUGAUUAUCACAACUCGUUUGAAACAUGUGUGUCUACAGAUGGAUUGCCAACCAUAUAAUAUAAUAACAAUAUUCCCCUUUGAAGAAGAAGAAGAAGAAGAAGAAGAAGAAGAAGAAGAAGAAGAAGAAGAAGAAGAAGAAGAAGAAGCUUGGGAGUUAUUUUUGCUAAAACUUGGACACCGUGGAACACCUGCAAGACUUCCCCCUCAUGUACUAGAGAUUGCAAGAUCUGUUGUAAUGAAAUGUGAUGGUUUACCACUUGGAAUCAGUGUGAUGGCUCGAACCAUGAAAGGGAAAAAUGAGAUCCAUUGGUGGAGACAUGCAUUGAAUAAACUUGACAGAUUGGAAAUGGGAGAAGAGGUCUUAAGCGUACUAAAACGUAGCUAUGACAAUUUAAUUGAAAAGGACAUCCAAAAAUGUUUCUUACAGUCUGCACUGUUUCCUAAUGCUGAUGAAGGGAAAUGGGCUAUGAUGAUUGUUGAGAGUGGGUUGUUAAAUGGAAAGGGGAGUUUGGAGGAAAUAUUUGAUGAGGCACGUGUCAUAGUGGAUAAACUCAUAAACCAUUCUUUGUUGUUAGGUUAUUGGAGUUUACGAAUGAAUGGUCUGUUGAGGAAGAUGGCGUGCAAUAUCUUGAACGAGAAUCACACUUACAUGAUAAAAUGUCAUGAAAAUUUGACAAAGAUACCUCAGAUGCGGGAAUGGACAGCUGAUCUGGAGGCAGUUUCUUUGGCGGGUAAUGAGAUAGAAGAAAUAGCAGAGGGCACAUCACCUAAUUGUCCACGCUUGUCCACCUUCAUCUUAUCUCGUAAUUCCAUCAGUCAUAUUCCCAAGUGUUUUUUCAGACACAUGAACGCUCUAACACAACUUGAUUUAUCAUAUAAUCGUAGAUUAACAUCUUUGCCAAAGUCGCUGUCUAAGUUGAGGUCUCUUACUUCUUUAGUGCUCCGCCAAUGUUCAAAAUUGAAAGAUAUACCUCCACUGGGAGAUCUACAAGCAUUGUCAAGAUUGGACAUUUCCGGUUGUAAUUCGCUCCUCAGGGUACCGGAAGGCUUGCAAAAUCUAAAAAAGUUGCAAUGGCUUAGUCUUUCCCGCAAGCUGAAUUUAUCAUUAGUACCGUUAUGCGUACUGCCCGGUUUGAGCAAUAUGCAAUAUCUGGAUCUCCGCGGUUGGUCUGGUAUAAAAGUAGAAGAUGUAAAAGGGAUGACUAUGCUUGAAUGUUUUGCAGUAAGCUUUCUCGAUCAGGAUUACUACAACCGUUCUGUGCAAGAAAUUCAGGACACUGGUUAUGGACCUCAAACCUAUUUUAUCUAUUUUGGAAAAUUUAAGGAUUACACACUUGGAUUUUCUGAGAAUCCUAUUUAUGGUGAAUUCAAGCAUCGAAGGGUAUGUUUUGGAGAUUGCGAUGGAUUACACUAUUUACUGCCAAGAGACCUUGCAUUAUUACUUGUAAGUGGCAAUGAUCAAUGGGAAUGCUUAUGUGCUCCUCUGUCAUCUAAUGGUUCUCUAUCUUUAAAGCACAUUACCAUUCGGGACUGCACAAAAUUGAAGAGUUUAUUCUGUGUAUCUUGUCCCUUAUGCACUAAUAUCCAAAACCUCAAAUCUUUGACACUUAAUAAUUUGGAUAGUUUAAGUGUCAUCUGCAAGGAAGAUGUUGCUGGUUUAACACAAUCUUUAUCUCGGAGGGGGGUGUUUUCUCAUCUCAAGGAAUUGAGUAUCAGUGGAUGCCAUCAAAUAGAGAAGUUGCUGACGCCAGGGUUAGUGCCACAACUUCAAAACCUGAAGUCUAUAUCGGUAUCGAACUGCCAAUCAAUAAAGGAGAUAUUUGCAGGAGAUAGUUCCCACAACAUUGCACUUCCCAAUUUAACCAACUUGCAACUAUACUGGUUACCAGACUUAAAGACAGUGUGCAAAGGAAUUUUACUCAUUAACUCUGAGGAUAUAUUGCACAUCAACAAUUGUCCCAAUUAUGAAAAACCCAGAAUUAGUCGUGUAUGAUUGAUUCUGUUGAUUCAGAUUAUGGUACUUAUUUUAUGUGGCUUAGUCUUUGUAUUCGUAAUUCUUGCAAAGAAAAAACAAAAUCAUAAUUUGCUUUUUGAAAUAGUAUACUGGCUUUUAUUGGUACCAUUCAUAAUCGGUUCGGGGAAGAAUGUAUUUCCGGGCAUUGCAAUUUCAUAUGGUGGAGGGAGGUUUGGCAAGUAUCCAACAACUCCCUCUCUGGUCUCCACUCUCUGUUAA